AUCUGUUUUUCCUGUUCACAGAAAGGAUGUUCAACUACCAUAAAAAUGGUCCGCAACACAAGUUUGGAGAUUAGUUCCCAUUUGUAAAUAUUGCGAAAGUUGCAUGGGAAAAGAAACAGGCUACAUAACUUACAGAAAUGACAAUAAAAUUCACCCUCUUGAAAUAGUUCCCGUCAAAGCAAAGCCUCCUCCCGUCGAGAAACCACACAUACCUCUCCUUCUGGUCAUGGCUGGCGUUGUCACUUGUGUUACCUUGAUAGCUUUCUUCAUCAUUCUAAAGAUAGCAUGUCGAAAUUACAGAACCAGGAUAGGAGAAAGAGAUCAUCGCCAACAAUCGUUACUAAGAAACUAUGACGGCGGUACAGGUGAUUCCAUACAGAUAUCAGAACCUAGCUCUACAGAAUCCUCCCUCACAGAAACGGACGUUCAAUCUCAUCAAAUCCGGCAACAUUCCAUGAACAUUGGAGUUUUCUACCCUCAUUUCCCGAAAGAGUUUAACUUGAACGAAAGUCCUUUGGAUACACGUGUUCAACGUAUGAUUAAAAUCCUUAAAUCUCUGCAAGCGUUAGACGUGAAAUAUUUGAAACCGGAUUUUAUCAAUUGUUUUGACGAAAUAGAUAUAAUAACCAGUUCUCCAAAGAUAAUCAUUGUCCUAUGCGAUAGAUUGAACGAACUGCUGUUCAACAAAACAGAAUGUGUACACGGUGAAAAUACGACUGAAGCGAGUUGGAGGCAAAUUGAAAGUAAUCUUUUGAAAACAAUACGUACUCGUUAUUAUGAAGGUUCUGGAAAUAACCCUUCUUUAUAUUUUGUAAAUUUUAAAGAUAUUAAACAACAGAGUAAUGUUCUGACUGCGGUUCGGGAGAAGUUUACCAGUCAAUCAUAUAGGAUAUACAGUAUUGGCUCUCUGGAUGAGGGGGACGACCACUUAAAGGAACUUAUGGAUUCAAUAUUAUUUGACAUCAUAAGCAACACCGAAGAACGUAGAAGACGAAUAGAUAUGAUAUUAAGUAAACAAAAUGGGAAUUCCAACUAUGAAUAGAAAGUUGUUAUGAAUAUUAACAUUCUCGUGGUGGUCAUCAUUGAUAUUUUUAUGAUUGUGAAAUAUUAACAAAUAUUAUAUUGGUUAUGCUACAAGUUGGCCUGUAGUCCUAUGAAAACAAUACCAUGAUUAUUGACCAAUUGGCGUGCAAUUUUGCUUUUCAAUAAAGAGCAUGAGGCGCAUUUAUUGUACACCCCAACAGGGCCUUGCCACUGGCGGUAUAGUAUAGAGCAAUGGAGUGGAAUUAUAAUAUUGGGCAAAUAACACUAGUACUAUAGAUGUACCGAAGUGUAAGUCAAACAGCGCUGUUAUUAAUGUACUGUCUUUAUUUAAGCAAUGAACAGUGAUCUUAAUAUUGUUAUAGUCGAUAUGGCAGCAAACUACAUGUAGGGCAAAUGCCAUGGGAACCGUUAAGGGUUCCCAUGUUAUUUACCCACCAUUCAUCUUGCUGCCAUUCCCACCAUACAUCUUGCUGCCAUUCCCACCAUACAUCUUGCUGCCAUUCCCACCAUACAUCUUGCUGCCAUUCCCACCAUACAUCUUGCUGCCAUUCCCACCAUACAUCUUGCUGCCAUUCCCACCAUACAUCUUGCUGCCAUUCUCACCAUACAUCUUGCUGCCAUUCCCACCAUACACCUUGCUGCUAUGUCCACCAUACAUCUUGCUGCCAUUCCCACCAUACAUCUUGCUGCCAUUCCCACCAUACAUCUUGCUGCCAUUCCCACCAUACAUCUUGCUGCCAUUCCCACCAU